CGCAGGGUAUCAAUAACUCUUCACUACGGAGGUAGAGGAACUGAAAGUAGAAUUUGCCAACAACACCGUCUUCAAACUGACUAUGGCAUAAUAAGGGCUAAUUUGUUGAAAUAUGCGUUCAUCUGAUAAUCUUGGAUGGCAAAGUGGUUAAACAGCUACCAAAAUAUAACAAGAAGAAUGAAGCAGGUUCUUGUGUAUGAAGGCCCGGGGAUGUACGAGAUAGAUACAAAAAUGGUACAGAGAGUGAUGAAAGAACAUGUGAACACAGAUUUAUACCAAGUUGAUACUGUGUCACCACUGGAAAUUGUCAAAGGUAGAUUAGCCGAGGGAACAGCUUUAUUGGUGAUAGGAGGAGGUUACGAUCUUGGUUUGAUAAAAGCACUGGGACAGGAGGGAAUGACAAAUAUCAAAGAUUAUGUGAAUGCUGGAGGAAGCUAUCUUGGGAUAUGUUCAGGGGCAUACUUUGCCUGUGACAGGAUUGAAUUUGAUAAAUAUGGACCUCUGGAGGUUUUAGGAGAACGUUUUCUAAAAUUUUAUUCAGGAACAGGGAUAGGACCACUGUUCAAACCCUAUGAUUAUCAGACUAGAAAAGGGGCAUCAGCUGCAAAUGUAGACUUCUGUUUGAGUUUGCUUGAAAACAAUGGCAUUGGAAGACAGCUGACAGAGACAAAGGACCUGUGCCAGAAAUCUGAUGCGGAAGCCAAGCUUAGAAAAGCGAUUGGACAAAGUCUAAUUCAAGACAAUGUCAACAAGGAACCAUCGUCUAGCUUGAAAGAAAAUGGUAUUAAAUCUCAUGCUGAUAGAUCUGAAAAUACUGAAUCUCAGACACAACAACUUGAAUCUCAAACUCCCAGUCUUAAUGAAGAAUCUCAAUCCAUGCAAGAUGUCAUUGCUCCAACUACAGAUAAUGGGUUGAAUUUACCAGCUUACGAAUCUCUUGCAAAGAAGACGCAGAAUGCUGGACAUACUUCUGAAUUGAACGGUACAAAAAUGUUUUGCUGUGACAGUGUACAGGACACCUUCAAUUGCAAAGUCUAUUUUAAUGGUGGUUGUUAUUUCAGAAUGAACAGUGACAGUAUCCCAGAUGGGACAAUAGUUUUGUCACAUUAUCUAGAUUUACCAAACUCUCCAGCAGCCAUUUUACGGUGCCAGGUUGGAGCAGGUGUUGCUGUGCUCAGUGGAGCUCAUCUAGAAUACGACGCUGUAGAUAUCGAUGAUGGUGAUGAUAAUGUUACAGAUAUUAUACCGUGUCUCCGAGACAGUGCAAAACAAAGGCGGGUCAUGAUCAGAUCUGUUUUACAGCAGUUGAAUAUUGUAGUUCGUGAAAAGUGAAAAUAGUGCACCCUUUUCAACAAUCUGUUUAAUAAUGUUUCAAAAAUAAAGUUAAAACAUAUUGAAGGGAGGCAGUAAAAUAAAGCUUGUUUGGUGAUUUCAAGGAAGAAAAAGUUUACAAGAAAUAAUUGCUUUUGUAAAGAAGAGAGAUCUACACAAAAUGUUUAAUAUUUAAGUUUAAAACCUGUUAUAAAAGGAUAAUUCUGAGUUUUUUUUCUUCAUUUUUGAAUAAUUGUCUCUGUGCAUCUCUGUUUGGUAGAUAAAUGUGCUAUACAUUUUAAGAUUGCUUUUUACUUCAUUUCAAUAUACCAUAAUGUACAUGACAUUUGAGGAGCUUUAUUUUUCCUGAACAAUUUUGUUGCAAAGGUGUUAUUGCCAAAUGUGUUAACUGAAUUAUUUUUUAUCGUUCAAUUACAAAGAAAAGUAAUACUAUAGUUUCUGUGCAAAUCUGCUUUGAGAUAUCUGCUUUGUCUGCAAAUUUAUUAUUGUGUUCUAUGCAUAGUAUGCUUUUGGCCUUAUUGAACAAUAUUGUUCACAUUAAGUGAAGGAAGUAUUUGCAGGCAAUACUAAGUCUCCUACUGGUGUGAAGAGUGCAGUUUUGGAAAACUGUUUCAGAUAUAUAAUAUUAUACCUCACUUUUACUGGCAUUGUAUCUGAAUGGUUGCUAAACACUUAUUUGCAUAUUUCAUUUAUUUCCAUGAUUUGUUAUUACUUUAAUCAAUUAUCAAGGAUCAAUAGAGAAAAAAAGCUAAUUUGCUUUAUUGUUGAAAAUAAAAGUUGAAUUUAGCAAUAAAAUGGAGGUAAUAUAAAUUAAUUUUCAUUUGAUUUUAAAGGGAAGAAAAUCUGGUUAUUAAAAUGUCUCUGGUCUCUGUUCUGUUUCUAACAUUUUAUACAGUAAAUUGGGAUUUUCAUAUAGAAAAUAUUUGAUGCAGAUUUCAAAAACUGUUUAAGAAGUUAUCUUCAAUUUAAAUUAUUUUAUCUUUGAGUAUGACCUACCUUAGUGAAGGGCAAAGGCCUUGCAUGGGAAACAUCGCCUUGUUCUGGUGAACAGUUGUGCCAAAUUAUUAGAAUUUACAUCCAUGGAUAGGUAAUAAAAAGGUAAAACAAAUUACCUUAAAUCUGUGAUAUCUUAAUAUGACCUUGACCUUUAAGUUAGGGGUCUGAGUUUGUGCAGGGCAUACCAUCACAUAUGGGGAACAUUUAUGCCAAGUUAUAUCAAAAGCCCUUGACUGAUGACAAGGCAAUGACAGAAUGACAGACAAGGUGCAAAAAUAUAAUCACCAAAACCAUGUCAAUGGAUAAGGCACUAAUAAACUAUACAGGGAACUUUGUUCACUAUAAGAAAUGCUUAUUUUCUGACAUUGCAAAGAUAUUUUCUAAGGCCAAGAGAAUGACUUUCAAAAUUCAUUAUCAUCAGAAACUGUUAAAAAAUCAAGAUUGUGUCAUGUUUGUAACUUUAAGAAAUACAAGGUAAGAUUUGGUCAGUAGUUAAUCCCCCACCGUGGCGGAGGGAUUAUAGGAAUGGUCUGCGUCCGUCCUUUCAUCUGUCCGUAACAAAAUCGUGUCCAGUCCAUAUCUCCUAAACCCCUUGAAGGAUUUUCAUGAAACUUGGGUCAAAUGAUCACCUUAUCAAGACGAUGUGCAGAACCCAUGAGUCAGCCUUGUCGGUUCAAGGUCAAGGUCACAACUCAAGGUCAAAGGUUUGAGCCUGCCAUUUUGUGUCCGCUCUAUAUCUCCUAAACCCCUUGAAGGAAUUUUAUAAAACUUGGGUCAAAUGAUCACCUAAUCAAGACGAUGUGCAGAACCCAUGAGUCAGCCAUGCCGGCUCAAGGUCAAGGUCACAACUCAAGGUCAAAGGUUUGAGCCUUCCGUUUUGUGUCCGCUCUAUAUAUCUUAAACCCCUUGAAGGAAUUUUAUAAAACUUGGGUCAAAUGAUCACCUCAUCAAGACGAUGUGCAGAACCCAUGAGUCAGUCAUGCCGGUUCAAGGUCAAGGUCACAACUUAGGGUCAAAGGUUUGAGCCUUCCAUUUUGUGUCCGCUCUAUAUCUCCAAAACCCCUUGAAGGAUUUUCAUCAAACUUGGGUCAAAUGAUUACCUCAUCAGAACGAUGUGCAGAAAUUAUGAGUCAACCAUGCCAGCUCAAGGUCAAGGUCACAACUAAGGGUCGAAGGUUUGAGCCUUCCAUUUUGUGUCCACUCUGUAUCUCCUUAACCCCUUGAAGGAUUUUCAUCAAACUUGGGUCAAAUGAUCACCUCAUCAAGAACUCAUGAGUCAUCCAUGUCAACUCAAGGUCAAGGUCACAACUGAAGGUAAAAGGUUUCAGCUCUGUAUAUCUAAACCCCUUGAUUUCAUGAAACUUUGGUCAAAUGAUCACCUCAUCAAGCAAGACUUGCAGAAUUCAUGAGUCAGCCAUGUCAGUUCAAGGUCAAGGUCACAGCUAAAAUCAAAGGUUUACCCUUUCACUAUCCAUAGCAGUGGCGGGGGAUUUAGCUGUCUUUCAGACUGCCUUGUUACCAAUAAAAACACUUUGCAUUUGUCACACUGUAAAAACACAGCAAAACAUUGAAGAUAUUAAGCUGAAGUUUAUGCCACUGUCAUAAGAUAUCAACUUAGUGAAUAUCAGUUUAUACAUUUGUUUACUUCAUUGACACUGCCUUUGAAGAAUAGUGCUUUAAGGUUUUGUUCUUGCUUGCAAGUUGGAGAGAAUUUAAAGACAUUUUUAUUUUGCUAUUUUAGACACCUUUUAUUUGUGACAGCUAAAUUUGGUCAGCUUUUGCUUUUUUAUGUCUUUGCUAUUACUGAAAUAAACUGCUUUAUGCUUUGGAAA